UCCUUUCUCUGCUUUUGUAUAUAACCCAUUCAUAUCGUCAUGGCACCCACUACCCCCGUCGUGCUCGAACCCUACUGUCAGGCCGUUUUGGAUAAUCUUCCUGAGUUUGACAUCACUCAAAUCCCUCCUGAGCUCACGCGUGCUGCCGAGGGUAAGGUGCCCGUUGAUGUACCUGAAGUGCUUGAAGAGCGCAAGUCGAUCCCUAGCCGCGACGGUUCCAAGUCCAUCAGCCUCACAAUCACUCGUCCUGUCGGUAGUGAGAACAAGGUUCUUCCCGUUAUUAUCUACCUGCACGGCGGAGGAUGGGUUUUAGGUAGUGAAUUGAAUUACAAACCAGUCCGCUACGAGGUAAUGCAUUCUCAUCGAUUUUUGUAUCCACAACAACGUUAGCGCACUCACGCUAACAUAUCAUUCAUAUGUGUAGCUCACU